AUGAGUCCAUUCGAAGCUCAACAGAAAGAGCCCAUCGCACUGAUCGGCAGUGGUUGUCGCUUCCCUGGUGGCGCGAGCAACCCCUCUCGACUGUGGCAGCUUCUGAAAUCGCCCAGAGACUUGGUGAAGAAAGUUCCCAAGGAAAGGUUCAACAUAGAGGGCUAUUAUCAUCCUGAUGGAGCUCAUCAUGGCCGAACAAAUGCACAAUACGCAUACUUUCUCGAAGAAGACCCAUACGCAUUUGAUCCAAGCUUCUUCAACAUUUCCCCCAAUGAAGUCGAUACAAUCGAUCCUCAACAACGCCUCCUCCUGGAGACCGUCUAUGACAGCCUCACAUCGGCGGGACUUAAGAUGGAGGACCUCCGAGGCUCUCCUACCGCCGUCUAUGUCGGGUUGAUGCAACGAGAUUUUCUUGAUAACUCGAACUAUGACCUGGAUGCGUUGAGCACCUAUGCAGCCACCGGCGCCGCGGCCUCUAUUCUUUCCAACCGAGUUUCUUACGCUUUUGGUUGGCAUGGACCCAGUAUGACUAUCGAUACUGCUUGCAGCUCAUCUCUGGUCGCCGUUCACCUUGCCGUGCAGCAGCUUCGAACAGGAGCAAGUCAAGUUGCUGUUGCGGCCGGCUCGAACCUAAUUCUUGGCCCCACCCCCUUUAUCACUGCAAGUAAGCUCAAUAUGUUCUCACCCACAGGCCGGUCUCGGAUGUGGGAUGCUGCAGCGGACGGCUACGCUAGGGGUGAGGGCAUUGCCGCUGUGGUGCUCAAGACUCUAUCGCAGGCAAUCGCAGAUGGUGACACCAUCGAAUGUAUAAUACGCGAAAGCGGCAUCAAUCAAGACGGCAAAACUCCUGGCAUAACAAUGCCGAGCCCUGCGGCACAAGAGGCACUCAUUCGUCAAGUCUACAACACGGCAGGUCUUGACAUUACGAAACCUGGGGACCGGUGUCAAUAUUUUGAAGCCCACGGAACGGGAACACAAGCAGGAGAUCCACAAGAAGCCUGUGCCAUCUCGUCUGCUUUCUUUGGGGACAGAGAGCGUGCCGUCGACGAAGACCCACUAUACGUGGGCAGUAUAAAGACCAUCAUCGGCCACACCGAAGGCACUGCAGGGGUCGCUGGACUCAUUAAAGCAUCGCAGGUGAUACAACAUGGCGUUCUACCACCAAACAUGCUAUUCAAUGAGCUGAAUCCGAGAGUGGCUCCAUUCUAUUCGGACCUGCGGGUCGUGACAGAGCAACGGGCGUGGCCUGCGCUCAAGUUCAAUCAACCUCGACGUGUGAGCGUCAACUCGUUCGGGUUUGGUGGAACUAAUGCUCAUAUAAUUGUGGAAUCAUACAUCCCUGUCUCGAAGGAAGCACUAGAGCAAACACCAACACCUUGCCUGGCCCCGAUUGUUCUCUCCGCAAACUCCAUCGCAUCACUCAGAGCUAACAUGGACGAUCUCAAACAAAGUCUAGACAGCCACCCAGACCUCCAGCUGCGAGAUCUGACCUGGACACUGCUGAAAAAGCGGUCGACCCUCCAAGUCCGGCAUACCAUCCAAGCUAAAACCGUGCCAGCACUCUGCGAGGCUCUUGACCGCGAUGCGCAUUUGGUCUCGGGAAAACAAGCUAUCACAACAUUGUCGGAUGUGAAGAGAAAACCCCAAAUCCUAGGGAUUUUUACUGGCCAGGGUGCUCAGUGGCCAGCUAUGGGAAAGGUUCUGAUUUCUGAAGUUGCGUAUGCGCGGAGCAUCGCUUCAGAGCUUGAUUACAGUCUUCAGAGCUUACCAGAAAAAUACCGACCUGGAUGGAACCUCGUGGAUCAGCUUCUCCUCGAGGGAGAAGCCUCCAAUGUGCACGACGCUACCUUUUCUCAGCCACUUUGCUGUGCGGUCCAGAUCAUGCUGAUCAAGCUUCUUGAAGCGGCAGGGGUGACAUUCAAGGUCGUCAUUGGCCACAGCUCCGGAGAGAUAGCAUGCGCCUUCGCUGCUGGCUUCAUAUCGGCGUCGCAAGCCAUCCGCAUAGCAUACCUUCGCGGCCUUACCGCAGAAUACGCGCGUGGUCCAGAUGGUAUAGAGGGUGCCAUGAUGGCUGCAGGCACCUCUUUCGACGACGCGAAUGAUUUGUGCGUUCUUGAGGCAUUUGAAGGGAGAAUGACCGUCGCAGCAAGUAAUGGCCCAGAGAGCGUCACCCUAUCUGGAGAUAAAGAUGCCAUUCUGGAGGCAUACGAUGUUUUGAUUGACGAGUCGCGAUUUGCUCGAGUCCUCAAAGUUGACAAGGCUUACCACUCGCACCAUAUGCGUCCUUGCGCAGAGCCGUACGUUGCUGCUUUGAGAGCUUGCAGCUGUGAUGCCUCCACUCCGCCCGCCGCGCCCCGAAGCACCUGGCUCUCUUCCGUGUACGAAGGGAAGAUCAUGCGGCGCGAGGACCUUAGUGCCGAGUAUUGGAAAGAGAAUUUGCUCUCCCCAGUUCUCUUCUCCUUGGCAGUUGAGCUAGCAGUCCUGAAGCAUACCCCCCUUGACAUGUGCAUCGAAGUUGGCGCUCACCCUGCCCUGAAGAAUCCGACGCUGCAGACUAUCCAGAACUGUACCGGGUCUGACCUUCCAUAUGUCGGCUGCAUGGAGCGGAAGAAAGACGACACUGAAGCUUUCUCGUCAUGUUUGGGGUACUUAUGGGCGCACUUCGGCUCAGCGGCUGUUGAUAUUGACAAGCUGUAUAGCAACCUAUCCAUUGAUGCACACAGCGUCCGUGAUGUGUCCAAGCAGCUUCCGAGCUACUCCUGGGAUCACUCACGCUCAUACAGGAAGGAAUCCCGCGCCCUACGUGCACUGCUUGACGCAGAAAGACCUCAUCUCUUACUCGGCAGGCGUUCAACCCACAGCACUCCGUCGUCGCUGCACUGGCAGAACUUCAUACGGCCACGUGAUAUUGACUGGCUCGACGGCCACUCACUUCAAGGACAGACAGUAUUCCCUGGAGCAGGCUACGUUGUCAUGGCCAUGGAAGCCGCCGUCAAACUGAGUGGCGAUCGAAGCAUUCGGCUUUUGGAAGUUCUGAACCUCAAAAUUGAUAAGGCAGUUACCUUUGAGGAUGAGAACAGCAUGGUCGAACUCAACCUCAGUCUUGACGUGGACCAAUCGCAAACUACGGAUACAUAUGCAAUGUAUGGCUUCACCAUCAACUCGUGCCUCGCUAGAGAAACCGGGCCUACUCGUUCCGUCGCUGGCACGCUCGCCAUCACUUACGGGCCGGUAAUGCGUGAUGCUCUACCUACUCCUCUGGACGUACCAGCUCACCUUAACGAUGUUGGCAUCGACCCGUUCUAUAAUAUGCUCGACCAAGCUGGGUAUAACUAUACCAAGCAAUUUCGUGGAAUCACCAGUCUCAGACGCGGUGACAGCAAGGCGCAUGGUUCCAUCAAGUUCCAUCGCUUAGAAGAUGGCCACCGCAAUAUGGUCAUACAUCCUAGCACUCUCGAUGUCGCCUUUCAGAGCAUGAUUGGGGCUUAUAGUGCUCCGGGUGAUGGGCGUCUACGAUCCCUGCUCGUUCCUACGGGAAUCGGUCGCAUCGCUUUGAACCCGUGGGUUGCUGAUCAGAUCGACGCCUUGUCGAGUGAAGUAGACUUUAUUUCCACCACUGUAGCAAGCGUCGGCACAAAUCUUGAAGGCGAUAUUGAGAUAUUCGACCCCGAGACCAAGGCAACGAUGCUCCACAUCGAAGGUAUAGGUUUCAAACCAACAUUCCCGCCCUCCGCUGAAGACGAUCACAACAUGUAUACUAAGUGGAGCUUGGGUCCUCUGAAUCCUGAUGCGUUGCUCGACGAGGUCGACAGACACGCUACAGAACAGGACAAGAGGGACGUUGCAAUCAUUGAGCGGAUCACAUAUUGGUAUAUCAGAUUUGUGUUGGACAAUGUGACCGCCGAGGAUCGUGACAAAGCAUCCUUCCAUUUCGCAAAGUAUAUCCAGUGGUGUGAGCAUGUGCUCAGUGAGACCCAGGCCGGUCGCAAUGUAUGGUACACACCAGCUUGGGAUGAGGAUACACGCGCUGAUAUCGAAGUAAUGAUUCGAGAGAAUAUAUCCCAGCCAUUCGUGCGUCUCAUCCAGAGAGUUGGCGAAGCCGCUCUGGACACAUUUCGCAACGAUGAGAAUGCCUUCGACCUGCUGGACCACGACGGCCUGCUUACCGAGUUCUACAGCGGGGAAAUUAGUUACGGCCAAUCUUAUUACUACUACCAACGAAUUCUCGAGCAAAUCAAUCACCGAUACCCUAACUUGGAUGUUCUUGAAGUCGGGGCGGGCACAGGAGGAGCGACGCGAUUGUUCUUGAACCACGAUCAGCUCUCUUUCAACAGCUACACCUUUACCGAUAUUUCACGCACCUUCUUCGAGCCAGCCGCCAAAGAGUUCGAGCGACACGCAGAAAAGAUGGAGUUUCAACCACUUGACAUCCGCCGUCCCCCUAGCGAACAGGGAUUCAAGCCCAAUUCGUAUGACUUGGUCGCGGCAUCCAAUGUGCUCCACGCCACACCAAAUCUCGAAGCGACUCUGGCAAAUGUCCGGUCUCUGCUGAAACCUGGUGGUCGAUUGAUUGUCAUUGAAAUCGCACACCGCCAGCAUACUCGUGUCGGGUUCAUCUUUGGAUUGUUCCCAGACUGGUGGUCCGGUCAUGACGAAGGUCGCGUGCUGGGACCCUUCGUUCCUUACGCUGAAUGGGACAGGAUAUUAAAGAGAUCCGGGUUCUCUGGCAUCGACACCCGCUCUCUCGAUCCAGACAGUACGACCUUCCCGAGCGGCGUGUUUCUCACCCACGCGGUAGACGACUUAAUAGAGAAGUUGGACUCGCCCCUGGCAGUACCUGUUGAGGACUCUUAUAGCCCUCUAGUUAUCGUUGGAGGCUCCUCACCAAAGACCGCAGAGCUCCUCAGUCAACUCGACAGCAUCUUCCGGGCACGCAAGUUGGAUACUGUCCCAAGCCUUCGAGAGAUCAUCAACGCCGACUUACAACCCGGGUCAACAUUUAUUGUACUCUCAGAGCUUGAUGAGCCCACUUUUGCUGGAUUGGACGACGAAAAGUUUGAUGCUCUACAGACCAUUUUCAACGCUGCUCACAAUGUCUUGUGGGUGACUGAAGACGCUUGGGUUGCAAAUGCUCAGCAAGCGAUGACGAUCGGUCUCCUUCGAACACUGCGUCACGAAUAUCCCGACAUUCAGAUCCAACUGCUCGAUGUUGACAGCGUUCAAAAUCUGGAACCUUGUUUCCUGGGCGAGACCGUCCUGCGUCUGGAAACUGGCGCAAAAUGGGAGGACAGCGGCGUUUUAUGGACGCAAGAACCAGAGCUCUACUUUUCUGGUGGCAAGGUCCUGAUACCACGUCUCAAACGCGAUGUAGACAGGAACAAUCGACUCAACUCCGCCCGCCGUCCCAUCCUAGCCAGCUUAGACCCCCGAAAGCAGAUUUUGAGCCUAGAAUACGAAGCUGGGACGCCUUACUUCAGAGCAAAUAUGGAGCAAUCUAUUCCCUCGUCACUUGACGAGACCUUGUUGAAGGUCCAGGUGCAGUACUCGCUCGCAAAGGCUGUCCGAGUCGGCAAACUUGGGUUCUACCAUCUAAUUCAGGGCAGCGUUGUCGGUUCCACGGAUACAGUCGUGCUGGCUUUGUCGAGCAGCAAUGCUUCGCAUGUUCUCAUUCCUUCUCGUCAAGUCAUUUAUGUCGGAAAAAAAGAGGAGUGGGACAACUUGCCGCUUCUUAACGUCUCAGCAAAUAUUGUCGCCGUCACCCUGAUGUCCGACCUCGUCCAAGGUUCUGGUGUCAUUGUCAUGGAGCCUCCCAGCUAUUAUGUUGAGAGUCUCCGCGACCAAGCUGCAGCUGCUGGUGUCUCACUGACAUUUGUUUCCACUAAGGAUGCACCUCAGGUGUCCGGUGUCCGGUGGAUUCAUCUACACGAAAAGGAGACCGAGCGAAGCUUGCGCCAGAGACUGCCAACGAAUAUUUCUGUACUAUACGACUUGGUCGCCGAGCAGAACCCGGCAAGCUUGAGCUGUCGACUGGUCAAGUGUCUUCCGCCUACCUGCUCAAUCCUUGGCCCCGACUACCUGUUCCAGAACGUCGCAACACCAGUGUCGACAUUGAGCAUUCACGCAGCGACUCAGAUUCUCACGAAUGCUGUCAAAGCGGUGCGGAAAGGCAGAGAUAUGGGCAGAAUGCCUAUCCUCGCUGGACAUGAAGUUUUAGCUUCAAAAAGCAGCUCGUUAAUCAACGCAAUAAUUGACUGGACAACAGACGAACUCAUCGAAAGUCGUAUCCGCCCCAUUGAGUCAUACGACUUAUUUGUAGGAGACAAAACGUACUUGCUGAUCGGUCUCGCUGGUGAUAUGGGUCGUUCGAUCGCUCGAUUCAUGGUAGAGCAUGGCGCGCGCCAUCUCGUGCUAUCCAGUCGUGUCCCUAAAAUUGACCAACGUUGGAUCGACGAUAUCGCUCGUUCUGGGGGGAGAGUGAUGGUGCUUCCCAUGGAUAUCUCCAAUGAAGCCGCCGUCGACAGAGGCCUUGCAGAAGUGCACGCGUCGAUGCCUCCAAUCGCCGGGGUGGCAUUUGGGCCACUCCUACUGCAGGACGUCAUGUUCAAAAACAUGGAGCUCCCGAUGAUGGAGAUGGUCCUGGCGCCCAAAGUAACAGGUGUUCGCCUGCUGAAUGAGCGUUUGUCUGAUCCUGCAAAGCCCCUGGACUUCUUUGUCAUGUUCUCGUCUAUAGUGAUGGUUGUUGGAAACCCUGGGCAAGCCGCGUACAGUGCUGCAAAUGCGUACCUCCACGCAAUAACCCAGCAAAGACGCGCUCGAGGCAUGGCAGCAUCGACUAUCGAUAUUGGUGCUGUCAUUGGGGUAGGCUUCAUUUCCCGCGCCGGGCGUGAGAACGAUUCCCAAACCCGCAAGUUCCUCGCCGACGAAGUCAAAGAGUGGGAGCUCCAUGCACUCUUUGCGGAAGCUGUUGUGGCUGGCCGAAAUAGGGAGCUCGACGAUGUGGAGCUCGUCACCGGCAUGGUACAUAUGGACGAGAAGGACCGAGAUCGAAUUCCCUGGUAUAACGACCCUCGCUUUACCGUAUUCAAACUGUCUGACCGUCGUACAACUGGCAACGAAGCCACUGGAGCUGUCGCAUCCCUCAAGGAUCAAUUGUCAAAGGCUGAGACCCCAGAUCAGGUCCGCGACAUCAUCCUCGAGGGCGUGUCUAGCAGAAUACGUGGAGCUUUGCUGUUGGCCACGGCCGACGAGCUGAAUCUGACGGCUCCGUUGAUCGACCAGGGAGUGGAUUCUUUGAGUGCCGUGACGGUGGCCUCGUGGUUCGCCAAAAAUCUCAACCUCGACGUUCCUUUGUUGAAGAUCCUAGGCGGCGCCUCUGCUGCCGACUUGGUCGAAGAAGCUGUCUCUCGCUUAAAUCCCGACUUGAUUCCGCUGGUUGAUUCUGGAUCUCUAGAGGAGACGGUGCAGACAACCCAGGACGUGCCGCCUACAACCCCGUCAUCGACCGCCGGCACGUCCAAUGAAAGCGCCACUUUCUCAAUUGAGCAAAGUAGUGGCAUUCCAACGCCACCGUCCCAAGCAUCUGAAGCCGAGGAUGAUGGAUUUCAGCGCGUGGCAGCGCUUUCCAUCAUGCAAGAAUAUACGUGGAAACAGAUGCUGCUUCCUCUGGAUCCGACCACAUUCAACAGCACCAUUGGCAUGUACAUGCAAGGUCCUCUUGACCUAGCGCGCCUCGCCUGGGCUUUUGAGCAGGCACUGCAGCGAAGCGACGCCUUUCGCACGUGUUUUAUCUCUGAUCCAGACCCCUCACUCCAGGAGCCUCUGCAAGCAGUUAUGAAAUCACCCCGAAAUUCGUUUCAAUCCAUCAAAGUGUCAGACAGACACGCUGCCGACGAAGCAUUCAAGGACCUCCAAGGGGCGAAUUACGAACUAGAGAAGGGAGACACACUGAAGAUCAUCGAUUACUUCUGGACGCCCACUGAUCAUCUUCUGGUGAUUGCCUAUCAUCGUCUUGUCGGCGAUGGCUGGACCACCGAACACCUCUUCGUCGAUGUCAGCCAACUCUACAGCGGUCUCCCGCUCGAAUCAGCACCCAGCUACGUCGACUACUCGAUCCGGCAGCGUGCACAGCUCACUUCGGGCUCUUUUGAUGCCGACCUGAGUUAUUGGUCUGACCUCUUUCAAACCCUGCCAACCCGCCUGCCCAGCCUCUCAUUCGCCGCUACCAACCCAUCCGGCUCGGAAACACCCGACUGGACCUCGCACGAGAUCUCCACAAGGCUCAACCGUAUGGUAGCGGUUCGUAUCAAGGACCGUAGUCGCAAGCAACAAGCCACUCAAUGCACUUCUACCUCGCCUCGUUCCACAUCCUGCUCGCUCGGCUAA